AUGAUUUGUAAGAAAACAGAAAACCCUGUUAAUCCUGCUCCACCAAAGUUGAGUGUAAAUAGUACUAAUGUUAGUAAAUCAAAUGUUAAUUCUGGGAAAUCUCAUAAUGAUUCUAAAGGUGCUGUUAGUAAAGGUGAUUCCCCAGUAGUUAUGCCUGCUUCUUUGGGAAUUGAUAAUUCUCAGACUAAUAAGAUUUCUGUUCCGACUGCUCUUCCUACUGCUAAUGUAAUUGUGUCAGGGAAUGGACAUCGUUCCUUUGAGAGAGCACUCUUUGAUUCUGGUGCGCAAAGAACGUUUAUUGCAACGGAAUUAGCCCAUAAGCUUAGUCUAUCGUCCAUAGCAACAAAAGCCUUAAAGGUAAAACCAUUUGGCAGUGAUGCCAUGGAAGUUAAUUGUAAUAUAGUAAGAGUUGUGGUGAGACUAGGUAAGAUUCGUACUGUCAUUAACGCCAUUGCAUUCGAUAGAGUUAAUUCCAGAAUUUAUUCUCCAGGAUUAAGUAAGUCAGCUGCGUUCUUGACGAGUAAAGGCAUAAAAUUAGCAGAUAAUGAUUUAAAUUCAGAUGAAGUAAAUGGUAUAGAAUUAGUCAUUGGAGCUGAUUGCUAUGGAAAAUUCAUUCAGAAUAGUCAAAUUUGUUCUGGAAUACAGAUAUUGAAUAGUUCUGGUGGUGCACUAAUUUUUGGACCUCUUCCUAGUUGGUCUUAUGACAAUGUAGAAUCUAAUGAGAUUACUACAUCAAAUGUAUGUUGUUCAAGUAUAGAAGUAGAGGAAAUCCCUAUUAAUUCUUGUUGUGAAGUUAGAAAAUUAUGGGAUUUAGAAAGUGUUGGUAUUCGUCAAUCUGAAAUUAGUCCUGAAGAAAGAGAAGUGUCCUUACCAUUUAAAGAUGAAAGUAGACCGCCUGUUAACUAUAGAAUAGCCAUUAGUCAAUUAAAUUCCUUGUUACAUAGAUUCGAAUCUGACCCCUCCUUGUAUGCUCAUUAUGAUAAGAUUAUCAAAGAUUACGUUCAGUCUGGGUUUAUAGAAUUAAUUCCUUCAGGCUCCCCUAUUAUAGGGCAUUAUUUACCCCACCUUGCUGUACUGAAGGAUUCAGAAACAACUCCCAUUCGAAUAGUUUUUAAUGCUUCUUCAAAGGCUAAAGGAGAACUUUCCUUAAAUGAUUGUUUAUUAACUGGUCCCUCAUUAACUACUAAACUUUUCGAUGGCCUGUUGAGUUUCCGUGCAAACCCAGUGGCUGUGAUUUCAGAUAUCAGUAAAGCCUUUUUAAGGAUAGGCAUUUCACCUGACUGCCGUGAUUAUUGCAUAUUUCUAUGGAUAACCGAUCCCUCCGAUUUGAAGUCUACUGUAACUUACCGGUUUUGUAUAGUUUGUUUUGGAGCUACAUGGUCCCCCUUUCUCUUGCAGCAAACCCUCUUGCAUAAUUUAUCUUUACAUGAUAAUCCCCUUGCAUCAUCUCUGAUGAAGAAUUUCUAUGUAGAUAAUUUUAAUAAAACUUACAAGGAUGUGUCAGUCUUGAUGGAUGAGUAUCCAGUAAUAAAUGCGAUUCUUGAAGACGCUAAUAUGCCUCUACAAGAAUGGGUCAGUAAUGAUUCAGAGUUUAACAGAACCAUAGAUGUUAUCAAAGAAAGAGUAAAUGUUUUGGGUUUAGAGUGGUAUCUAGCACAAUAUGAGAUGUCACCGAAGGAAGUAAAUUGUGAGUAUAAAGGACCUUUAACCAAACGAAAGGUUUUAUCAGUAGUAGCUCGGAUGUUUGAUCCUCUAGGAUUAUUGUCUCCAAUACAGGUGAGAGGUAAAUAUUUUCUUAAAUGUUUGUGGAGUAACUACGGUUGGGAUGACCCUUUGCCAGAAUCACUAUGUUCAAGGUUUGAUGAAAUUUGCAAGUGUUUUAGAAAUGUAGAAAGUUUAAAGUUUCCAAGGUUUAUUGUACAUCCUGAAUGUUCCCACUUACAUGUAUUUUGUGAUGCCUCUAACAAGGCAUAUGGAGCUGCUGCCUAUGUGAUUGAUUUCAAGAGAAGUGUAAGCAAUUUACUGGUCAGUAAGUGUAAAGUGGCACCAAACCCUGAACAGACUAUUCUGCGUUUGGAAUUGACAGCCUUGUCCUUGGGUGCGAAACUUGCUAGAAGAUUAAUGCAGAAUGAUGAUUUAAGAGAUAAUCGAGCUGAUAUUCUAUCCAGAGGUAGUAAUAGUAAAGAUUUAGCGCAAAAUUCCUUAUGGUGGAAUGGCCCUAAAUGGCUUUUAACUGGUGAUUAUCCCCAAUCUUUAGCUACAGAAACUGUGCAUGUUAAUGAAAUUCUUUCAGAACCUAAGAUUGUUCACCCUCCAACCCCAUUAAUUGACAUCCCACGUUAUAGCAAUUUAAGUAAGCUUAAACGUUUCAUGAGGUCAAUAUUGCUUUUUCUUAAUAAGUGCAGUAAAGGUUCUAAGUUUGUUGUUAACGAAAUGAAAGCACUUGUCUUCAUUGAACAGAAGCAACAUUUUUCUACUACCAGAAUGUACCUCUGUAAUAAGAAUUCACAUGGAGUGUCCAUGGAUGUUAAGAACUUGUGUAAUCAGUUAAACUUAUUUGUUGAUGAGGAAAAUCUAGUUAGGUCUCAGGGUCGCAUGAAUAACGCUUCCAUGUCUUAUGAUACUCAGUACCCAAUGUUAUUGCCUUCCAGAAAUUAUUUAACAGUGUUGAUAGUUGAACAUUUGCAUAGACAUCGUCACCAUUGUGGUGUCAAUUCUGUACUGGUAUUGUUGAGAGAAACCUUUUGGGUACCUAAAGCACGACAAGUUAUCAAAUCAAUUCUGUCCAAGUGUGUUUUGUGUCAGAAGUUAACCAAGAAACGGUUGUGUUUGCCCCCUCCCCCGCCAUUACCCACAGAAAGAGUGAAUAAUAAACUAUACAGGAGAUCAAUCACAAAGCUCGUACUUCUGGAAUGUCAAAAAUUGCCAUUUAUUUCCCUUGAAUAA